UAUACACUAUUCUGAUAAUCUGAAGUUGAAGCAGGAUGGGAACGACCAAGUAUGGAAAUUUUGAGAACGUGAACCAUCUGGCGGAGUGCACAUUGGAAGGGAAAUGGGAUGAGGUUGACGAGAUGUACAAUAAAUUCCCAGCGUGUCACACGGCAACGAUUGACGAUUUCGUCGGCACUGCACUGCACGUGGCGGUGGAUUUGGCCGAAGAAGUUGUGGUUGAGAAGCUUGUGAAUGCCAUUAUGAGACACGAGACGAUGGAGGCACUGGAAAUGAGGAAUGAUCGAGGGGAUACCGCUCUGCAUGUUGCUGCUUCCAGGGGUUUCACAAAGAUAUGUCAGAUCAUCGUAGGAGAGAAUCGGAAGAGGAUUUACUUAGCGAAACUCAAGAACAAAGAUGGAGAGACUCCUUUCUUUCAAGCCGCUCUCAACUGGAAGAAACAGGCCUUUGCUUAUCUUUCUGACCACAGCGCUACCUUACAAGAUCUUGUGCGAGAGAACGGUGACAGUAUUCUUCACUGUGCUAUCAGGAGAGAGUACUUCGAUUUGGCUGUGAUAAUAGUGCAUUACUAUGAUUUUCUUAGCAUACAUUUGAAUAAAGAGGGAUUCACACCUCUUAAAGUCCUUGCAACCAGGCCCUCGGCUUUCAGAAGUGCUACCAAACUUUCAUGGUGGAAGCAAAUCCUGUACCACUGUAUGAUUGUGGAACCAGUGAUCCCUGAUAGACAAAUGGAGAAGAUUUUGAAAAAGAUGGAGAACAAAUCAAAUGACUCAAAAUGUAGUUAUCCAGACAACUAUACCACAUUAUGUGAAUUCAUUGCUGGAUUCAAAAGUCUUGGUGCUCUACCUGACAAAUUUUGUACUAUAAGAAAUGAGCAAGACUCAGAAAACCCAUCAAUUAAGGAGAGUAAAAACGUUGGAUUUUUGCCACCAAAUUAUGAAACCAGUCAACAAUUUCUGAGGUCUGCGUAUGUACAUACUCUUGGGCUCACAGGAGUAGGAUUAAAGGAAAUAAGGAAUAUGAAGAGGAGACACGAAUGGAGUGGUCAACUAUUGAAGGCACUGUUGAAAAGACCUUAUGAAGCAUUCACAGGAUAUGGGGGUGCUCCAGAUACAGUUGAUGAAGAAAUGUAUAAUGUUUUUAACCAACUUAAACCAGGUAUGACAGGUGAAUCAAGCAAAUUGCCAUGGCUGAACGAAGAAGGAGAAGAAGAAGAAAAAGAAGAAGAAGAAGAUGAAGAAGAAGAAGAAGAAGAAGAAGAAACGGAAAAAGAAGAAGUAGUAAAAGAAAAGGAAGAAGAAGAGGACAAGCAAAAACAAUCUUCAAGGGCAAGUGACAGUAUUGACAAAACGGAGACAGCAUUCCUGGUUGCGGCAAGAAAUGGCAUAAUUGAAAUGGUGAAUGAACUUUUAGAGCGAAUUCCAAGUGUGAUCCAUAACUUGAAUGCAAACAAAGAGAAUGUGCUGCUGAUGGCAGUGAUGAACAGGCAACCCUAUGUUAUUGAGAAUUUGAAAAUGAAGGUAAAAGGAGAAGUUUGGAAUAAUUUAACUCUGGCAAUAGAUAAAAAUGAGAGGACCAUAUUGCACUGGGCAGCAGAUGCUCCAGGAGACGGAAAGCAUACAAAGAUAGCUGGUUCUGCCUUGCAAAUGAUGUGGGAUAUAAAGUGGUUUCAGUAUAUUAAAAGCCUCGUGCCAGAACACUUUUACUUAAGAAGCGACACAAAGGGCAAAACUGCAGGGCAAAUAUUUGAGGAUGAACACAAAGAUCUCAUAGAGAAAAGUAGCGAUUGGCUGAAGGAAACAUCUGAAUCUUGCUCUGUUGUGGCUGCACUUGUUGCUGGUGUUUCCUUUGCUACGGCCAGCUCCAUUCCCGGUGGCACCGACGAUAAAGGUAGGCCUCAUUUAGAAGGCGAACCUGCAUUCGAUGUAUUUGCCGUUUCUUCACUUGUUGGACUUUGCACCUCUGUCACUGGGCUCAUAAUGUUCCUUACAAUCCUCACUUCUCGAAAGCAAUCCAAAGAUUUUCGAAGAAAUUUGCCAUUCAAACUUCUUCUAGGCCUCAGUUCUCUUUUUGUAUCCAUUGCUGCAAUGUUUGUCUCUUUCUGCUCCGGUCAUUACUUUCUGCUCAGUCACAGAUACAAGUCGGUUCUAUACCCCAUUUAUGCAGCCACUGUUUUUCCAGUCAUGUUCUAUGCCGUGGCGCAGUUUCCACUAUACUUUGAUCUUAUAAUAGCCAUUUUAUCUAAGGUGCCAUGGGAUGCUGGUAGAGGAGACAACCUAUAGCCCCUAAGCUACUACAUGUCAUUGUUUGUGCUGUACUGAUUCAUCAUUCAUGCAGCCAUUCAAAUCAAUUUCCCUUUUUCAGUCAAGUUUUGUGUUGUCUGUGAUUUUGAGCUUGUUUUCUUGGUGUGAAUAAUCAUGUAUUUUUUUGAGCUAUGAAACAUAGCAUUUGAAUUGCAGCAAUGUUAUGUUGGUUGCUUGUAAAGUUGCGAUUCAAGAGAUUUAAUU